AUGUACUUAAAAAAACAUUUUUUUACACCCAUGUUUUUUAUAACUUUAUCACUAUUAACAUUAUUAACAUCGUUACUUGUCAUGUCUUUUAAAGUGUUUAAAAACAGUAUAAGAAUUAAUUCACCUGUAACAAACCGUGAAUUUAGAAAGUCAACAGUUCCUCAUUCUUAUGUGCUUGUAUCUACAUUUGUACUUCCACUGGUUUACUAUUUUUACAUUUACUCUAAUAAACGUAGUAAAUUAGAUAAAAAGAUGCAACUUGAUACAAAUUUUGUUGUAAUAAUUCUUGGUCACUUUCUUAACUCAUUUUGUAGUUUAUCAUUAAUUCACUGUUUAAAAUUGAUUAUUUUAAGAAAAAGACCUUGUUUUGAUAACUGUGGAAAAGGAAAGCAUCAAAAUGAUCCGUGGUUAUUUGAAAGCUUUCCUUCAGGUCAUACUGCGUUAAUGUUUACAUUUUUACCUUAUUUGAUGUUUUUUAAUUACAAAAUGAAGAUCAAAUUUUCAAAUCAAAUACUUGUAUUUAUUUUAACAUUCUUAACUUCUGUAUGGGUUGCAUUUACAAGAUACUUAGAUUGUAAACAUCAUCCAUCUGAUAUAAUCGGAGGAGUUGUAAUAUCAAUUUUAGUUGCCUUAGUAGACAUUUUAGCAGUAUUAGAGAUUAUAAAUUGA